ACACUGCUUGUGUUGUGUGUUACGGAACCUAUUCCCAUCUAAAAUUUGCCCUAAGGAGAACAUACUCUCAUAGUUUCUUUUCUAUUGCCACUCGCCUUCUCUUCUCCUUUUCAGAUUUCCGUCUCUCUGGGAAGGGCACCCAGCAACAUCUAAGUUGUGGGAAAGGAGUACCCAUUUCCAUCCAAAGCUUAGUUCACAGUUGCAUUUAUUUGAGAAGAUAAGAUGAUGCCAAGGGCAUUAUUGGCGAAAUUUAUUCAGAAACGCCCAACUGUUUCUCUUUUCCAAUUCAAUCAACAGAGAGAAUUGCAUAGCAGGAACAAGAAAGCCUUGGAGUUCAUUGCAAAAGGCUGGAAUGCUUUGAAGGAGGUUGAUAGAGUCAUCGAUUAUUGUGAGCUAAAUGAUAAGGGCCUCAUUCCUCUACUUAGGACAGCUAAGGAAAAUUUUGAGCUUGCUUUAGAAGCUGACAACUCCAAUACCCAAGCUAGGUAUUGGUUGUCCAGAUUGCAUAUGAAAUAUCAUGUUCCAGGAGCUAAUAAAGCUGUAGGGGCAGCGUUAUUGGUAGAAGCAGCUGAAAUGGGUGAUCCCGAUGCACAGUAUGCAUUGGGUUGUCAUUUAAGAGUUGAGAAUGACGAUGUUCAAACUGAUCAACAAGCUUUUUAUUAUUUGGAGAAAGCUGUGGACCAGUUGCAUCCAGGUGCUCUUUACCUUGUGGGUGCUGUAUAUUUGACAGGCGACUGUGUCAAGAAAAAUAUUGCCGCAGCAUUGUGGUGCUUUCACAGGGCAUCAGAGAAGGGCCAUGCUGGGGCAGCUAUAGCGUAUGGAUCUCUACUUCUUAAAGGUGUUGAGGUUCCAGAAUCGUUAAUAAAAUUCAGUUUGAAGAGAGGUGCAGCAGCUCAUAGACGAGGGAAGAAUAAAGGAAAUCUUGCAAUUGACCCCGUGGAGAUGGCAAGAGAAAAGUUUCAGAUAGCGGCAAAAGCAGGGUGUGACCUUGGAUUCAAAUGGCUUGCAAGGUUAGAGGAGGAAGAGAAGCGGUUACUCACGGAAGGACAUUCAGAUUAAAUUCACAAGUUUUGUGCUAUUGGUAGCACAACCCUAUGUGAAUUAUUCGGUUUGGCUUCUCUGAAUUGGGGAUUUUAGUCAUUGUUGAAAAAAAUAAAAAUAAAGUUGUGGAUUUUUAUUAAUGUAUAGAGUUUGUAAUGAUUGUCUAUUAUUGAACUUUUUAAUCUACAGUUGAAAUUUCUCAAUUUCCUUUUAAA